GGUAUCGGCUGGUCGCGUUCGCACCGCCUCGCAGCCAGGGAGCUCAAACGAGAGGCUGCCCAGGCUCACAGGAUCUGCAGGGAGCAGGCCAGGGCCAUAAGCGUCUCCUGCUGCUAACGCUUGAUACCAUAUAAAAAUGGGCGCGGGCGUCUCGACGGAAGGCGCCCCACUCACCAGAGUCAAAUGCAAAAACAACCUCGGCGUGCUGUUCGACCCCAAGGCCGAGGAGGCAUUCCGUGCCGCCGCGACCGGCCCGGAAGGCGCGGAGACCGUGCCCUGGCCCGAGGCCGACGCCUACGUCAAGACGCGCGACGAGCGCUGGCGCGACCCGAAGCACGUCUUAUUUCAGAACCUGAAACAGUUCAAGGUCGCGCGCGUCGAGAUCGAGAAGAUUGCGGACGAGAAGAUCAAGGGCACAAUCAAGGAGAUCCCGCAGCGCGGGCAGGACGUCGGCGACGAGUGCCAACAGCGCGGCCUUGACGGCAAGCCGACCGCGUCGCUCGAUCCGCUGUACGAGAUCGCUGAGCUGGCACGCGUGGCCUACGCCGAAGUUAUGGCUGACAUGUGCGAGGGCGGUCCGCCCCUGCACCUGGCACCGCUCAAGGGCCGCGCGCGAUCCGGUGAAAAGGCGCGCAACGAAUACGCGGACAAGACGGCGCCGUGCUACUCGUGGCUCUUCGACAUCGUGCGCGGCUCCGUGUAUUGCGACCACGAGGACGAACUGGUCGCGCUCUGGCAAAAGAUGGAGGCGGACCCCCGCAUCGAAAUCGUCCGGACGAAGAAUCGCUUUAAUCCGCCUCUGUUCAACGGCUACCGCGACAUCAUGAUGAACGUGGCCGUGGACGUGGAUACGCCUACCGGGAAGAUAUCGCACCUCUGCGAGCUCCAGGUUCACCUCACGGCGAUUAAGAAGUCAGAGCCGAUGCACAAGAGCCACGCCGUCUACGAGUUCUUUCGAUCGUUCUUUUUGGGAAACGCGGCAGCCGUCGAGCAGCGGCUGGACAUGUUCUGCGCGCUGCCCGUCGAUGAUGUCAACGAUGCGGACCAGCUUGUGGAUGUCGUGCUUGGGUCUGACGCAGACGCAAAUAUGCUUGAUGGCCUCUGCGAGUUGCUCAAGUCGAUUCAGGAGUCCGCGGGCGUCGUGAAGGUCGAGAAAGCUAUCUUAGCGGAGAAGGAGCGCGCGUUCGGCGCGGAGAGCAAGGAGGCGGGCGUGGCGCUGUAUAAUCUUGGGCUCGCGUACAUGGGUCUCGGCGACUACGCCGAGCAACGCGACGUGUUGGAGCGCGCGCUCCCUAUUAUGGAACGAGAGCACGGCAAGGACAGCACGGAUGUGGCCAACGUGUUGAAUAAUCUCGGGACCGCACACGUCAGUUUAGGCGAACACGCCAAGGCGCGAGACCUCUACGAGCGCGCGCUUGCGAUCACGGGGCGUGAGCAUGGCAAGGACAGCACGGAAGUGGCCGUCGUGCUGGGGAACCUCGGGUGCGCGUACGGCGCCUUAGGCGACUACGCGAAGAAGCGAGACAUGCUGGAGCGCGCGCUCGCGAUCAAGGAGCUGGCGUAUGGCCGCGACCAUCCAGAUGUGGCCGACACGCUGAAUAACCUCGGGAACGCGUACGGCACUUUAGGCGACCACGCGAAGAAGCGAGACAUUCUGGAGCGCGCGCUCGCGAUCGACGAGCGGGCGUACGGCCGCGACCACGUGAAUGUGGCCCAGACACUGAUGAACCUCGGGAACGCGUACAACGAGCUGAGCGACUACGCCAAGGCGCGAGACAUACAGGAACGCGCGCUUGCGAUCCAAGAGCGCGAGUACGGCGGCGACCACGCGCAAGUGGCCAUGACGCUGACGAACCUCGGGAACGCUUACUACUCCCUUGGCGACUACGCCAAGGCGCGAGACUUACAGGAGCGGGCGCUCGCGAUCAAGGAGCGGGUGUACGGCGGCGACCACCCAGAAGUGGCCAAGACGCUGGGGAACCUCGGGAACGCAUACCGCGUGCUUGGAGACUACGCAAAGGCGCGAGACAUUAUGGAGCGCGCGCUCGCGAUCGAGGAGCGGGCUUACGGCCGCGACCACGCGCAAGUGGCCGGCACGCUGACGAACCUCGGAAGCGCGUACAACUCUCUCGGCGAACCUGCCAAGGCGCGAGACGUCCUGGAGCGCGGUCUCGCGAUCUUUGAGUGUGAGCACGGCAAGGAGAGCACGCAAGUGGCCGACACGCUGACGAACCUCGGGAUUGCGUACGGUAGAUUAGGCGACCAGGCGAAGAAGCGAGACAUGCUGGAGCGCGCGCUGGCAAUCCAGGAGCGGGAGUACGGCCGCGACCACGUGAAUGUGGCCCAGACACUGACGAACCUCGGGAAUGCGUACAUGUACCUUGGCGACUAUGCCAAGCAGCGCGACGUGCAGGAGCGCGCGCUGACAAUCCAGGAGCAGGCGUACGGCCGCGACCACGCGCAAGUGGUCAUCACGCUGAAUAGCCUCGGGCUCGCGUACGGCGAGUUAGGCGACCACGCGAAGGAGCGUGACAUGCUGGAGCGCGCGCUCGCGAUCGGGGAGCGGGCUUACGGCCGCGAUCACGUUGAGUUAGCUUCCACCCUCUGGAAUCUCUACGAGGCAAACCGCGCACUCGGCGACACCGUCAAGCAACGCGAGAUCUUAGAGCGCGCGCUCGUGAUCAACGAACGCGCCUACGGCCCGGACCAUUCU